AUGACUUCUUCGUUCGUCACAUCAUUCAAAGGAACCGGCCACGAUAUCGCCGAUGAACUGAUCCACCCGUCCAUUGAAAGAGAAAACGGAGUAAGUGUACUAAUUGGCUCAGACCAGCUGUGGGCGGUGAUGACAGGUGAACUCUCCAGACCGGGAAACGAGGAAACACUCAUCGCUAUGAACUCAAAGCUGGGAUGGAUCUUUCAAGGGAGCACCGAGCACAUGUCGUCAAAGCCAGUCAACUCACGAGUCAUGAAUCUGCAAGCAAGCCAACUGUCCGCAGAAGAUAAGCAGUUGUUGAGUCGGCUGGAUUUGCUCCAGAGGGAAGUCGACAAGCUGACAGCCACAGUGGAGAACCUGCUCAAGCAGCGUGAUCACUUGCUUGUGGAGAGGGACAGCCAGGCUCGCCAGCUUGCCCUGCUCACUGAAAAACUCAAGGAAAAGGAUAAAGAUACACAGAUUGCCCACUUCACAUGCCGAGCUACAGAAUCACUCAUUGACAAACUGCAAGUCAACCUAAAUAGCAAGGAGAGUGAUGUCGUGAGGCUCACAUGCCGAGUGAGAGAGUUGGAAGCAGAAGCUGCAUCAGCAGCCGAGUCCCAUUCCCACCUUCUGCAAGAAAACCAGAGGCUUCAUGAGAACUUUACGCUUCUGGCGAAAGAGCACAAGAACAUGGCAUCUGACUUGGAGAAUGCUGUACAACAGAAGAGAGACUUUGAACUUCAAAUCCAGGAGUAUGUGAUUAAAGUGACCAAAAUAGAAGAGCUCCUGCGUACAAGGGAUCGAGAGAAGGAAGAUAUUUUGGACCAGUACCGAUCCCUUAUCUCGGCCAACGCUGAUCUGCUGACUCUGGCCGAGCAGAGCCAGAAAGAACAAGACAGCAGUGAUGCCACACUCAAUAGCCUGCGUCAGCAGCUUGCACGAAACAUGAGUGUGACGACAGAGCAGGAGCAGAAGCUGGCUUCACUGGGAGCAACUAUGGCAGCCUUGCAAGAGUCCCUGCAGCACAGCGCUGCCGAGAGAAGUCGGCUGAAGGAGGAACUUCAGAAGAGCACAGACAUGCGCGCAAGGCUCGUCGAGCAAGUGGAAUCGCUUCAGGACCAGCUCGCCAAAGAACAAACUAUCAACAAUCAGAUUUCUGGGCACUUGAGGCGCCUAGAGGAGGAUCUUUCUCCGGCACGUACCGAAGUAGCUACGGCACGCUCCGACGCAACCAGUCUGGAGCACUUGCUUGCCACAUCUCGGGAGCAGCGCUGCCAGACAGACAUUGCCCUCGAAAGGCUCUCUACCGAGAUGGGAAACAUGAAGCAGGAGGUGCAAGCAGGAGCCACGAGCAGUGGCUUUGAUGAUGAAAGCAUUGAGAUUGCUUGGGAGGUAGUACAGGAAACGCAGGAGCGUGAGCGUCAAGCACGUGAGAAGGAACGUGAGCGCCAAGAGCGUGAGCGCCAAGAACGAGAGCGCGAGAGUGAACGUAGUGGUAACAAGGUCGUUAACCAAAUAGUGAAUGCUGCUGACCCGACAGACAUGAACACCAAUGUCGAGUCAGGGCUGAGUGCCAGAGCGCAGUGCAGGCUGGACGAUGUAGUUGAGGGUAGACCUCAAGAGUGCGAGCUGAGUAGCUCAAGAUCGAGACCAAGGAUGGCGCGGGUGCCACUAUGGGUCGUUGAUGAUCUGGUGGUAGAGCUGGAGCAUAACAUCUUGAGUGGAGAGAUGUGA